AGGCAAGCCAACAACCCUGAACAUCAGGAGUCAGCUAUCACCGAGGCUAUUAGCUGGCUGGUACCAUCUGCAGGAGGACUUCCAAGCCUCCUGAGGUACAAAGCACCAUGCUGUUCCCUGGCAGGGCUGAGACAACUUUCCACUCCUGGAGAACAGAGAAGAUGGCCUUCAUUGUAGCUAUAGGGAUGAUCUUAAUGGCUGGGAUCUGUCCUGCUGUCCUAUGCUUCCCAGAUGGCACAAGGGAAAUGGACACUGUAUUCCAUGAACACCAAGAUAAUGGGACACAACUGGACAGUCUCGCAUUGGCCUCCAUCAACACUGACUUUGCCUUCAGCCUGUACAAGAAGCUGUCUUUGAAGAAUCCAGAUAAAAAUAUUGUCUUCUCCCCACUUAGUAUCUCAGCUGCCUUGGCCCUCGUGUCCCUGGGAGCCAAGGGCAAGACCCUGGAAGAGAUUCUAGAAGGUCUCAAGUUCAAUCUCACAGAGACCUCUGAAGCAGACAUCCACCAGGGCUUCGGGCACCUCCUACAGAGCCUCAGCCAGCCAGAGGACCAGGACCAGAUAAACCUAGGCAAUGCCAUGUUUAUUGAAAAGCACCUGCAGAUCCUGGCAGAAUUCCAUGAGAAGACAAAGUCUCUGUACCAGAUUGAGGCCUUCACAGCAGACUUCCAGCAGCCUGCUGAGGCCAAAAAGCUCAUCAAUGACUAUGUGAGCAAUCAGACCCAGGGGAUGAUCAAGGAACUGAUGUCAAAACUGGAUAAGGAUACAUCAAUGGUGCUGGUAAACUACAUCUACUUUAAAGGCAAAUGGGAGACAUCCUUUGAUCCCCAGGACACAUUUGAGUCUGAGUUCUACUUGGAUGAGAAGAGAUCUGUGAAGGUGCCGAUGAUGAAAAUGAAGUUCCUGACCACACCCUACUUCUGGGAUGAUGAGCUGUCCUGCUCUGUGGUGGAGCUGAAGUACACAGGAAAUGCCAGUGCCCUGUUCAUCCUCCCUGACCAGGGCAGGAUGCAGCAGGUGGAAGCCAGCUUACAACCAGAGACCCUGAGGAAAUGGAAAAACUCUCUGAAGCCCAGAUUGAUAGGUGAGCUCUCCCUGCCCAAGUUCUCCAUCUCUACUGACUACAGGCUGCAUGAGGUCCUUCCAGAGCUGGGGAUUAAGAAAGUCUUCUCCAAAGAAGCUGACCUGUCUGGGAUCACAGAAGCCAAGAAACUGAGUGUGUCUCAGGUGGUCCACAAGGCUGUGCUGGAUGUGGCUGAGACAGGCACAGAAGCAGCUGCUGCCACAGGGGCCAGUGCUGGCUCUCGUAGUACCAUAUUCCAACCUAUGACUCUGUGUUUCAACAGGCCAUUCCUGAUGGUUAUCUCUCACACAGGUGCUCAGAGUAUCCUUUUUAUGGCCAAAUUCACUAACCCCCAGAAGACCUAAAGCUCCCCAAGUUCUCAUGAUUCUGCCCAGGGCUCUGGGACAGAGCCUGCAUGUCGAUUUCUAUAUACACCCUGGCAUUCAAGCUCUGAUUGGCUGUUGCAAAGUUGGCUUAGACGGUGACAUUGACUAUCUCUGUGGCUACCACAUGCACAGGAUACUUUGUACUGUCAGUGUCAGGCCCUUGGGCCUCUUGGGAGCAUCUGUGCAUAUUUCUGAACCUGGAAUCUGUCUUUAUUCUUCUUCCCUGGUGACUCCUCCUUAUAUAUCUGUACCCCAAACCUAGGCAUUUGCAAAUACAGCGUUCCAAUACCGGCUUUGAGCACAUCUGCUUGCACAGUCUUGAUGGGAUCAUGCUGGCCUCUGGGCCAACCGAUGAGAAUCAGGCCCAGGACUGUGAAGGGAACCUGUUGCCCUGAAUAUCAUUCCAGCAUCUGAGAAGGCCUGGUGCCAUGCUCUUAGGUUAUGUUUUCCCUCUGAAGGCUUUGCCACUCAGUGCCCCUUACAGGGUCCCCUGACCCUGCCUACAGUUAGAGCCCAAACCCCUGCAGCUGCGUGGGACUGAGGGUCAGACCAGCUUCUCUUCCCCUGGCACUCCUUUUCAGCCUCUAUGUAAGAUCCCAGCUGACCAACCUCACACAAAAGAUGAACAUCACCAAAUAAAAUAGGAGGCAGGAACAAAGGAUCAAUAAACAUAAACCUGCACA